AUGGCGGGCUGUGUAGCCCGGCGGGCCCUGGCCGUGGGCGGCCGCUGCUGCUCCUGGUGGCCCCGGCCUCUGGCGGGGGCCCGGACGCUGCGGCCCCUCGCAACCUUUCCCCCGGAGCUCCCGGCCGCGGCCACGGUGCGGAGACACCUCUCGUCCCGAAACCGACCAGAGGGCAAAGUGUUGGAAACAGUUGGAGUAUUUGAGGUGCCAAAGCAGAAUGGGAAAUACGAGACGGGCCAGCUCUUUCUUCAUAGCGUAUUUGGGUACCGAGGGGUCGUCCUGUUUCCCUGGCAGGCCAGGUUGUACGACCGAGAUGUGGCUUCUACCGCCCCAGAAAAGACAGAGAACCCAGCUGGCCAUGGCUCUAAGGAGGUGAAAGGCAAAACCCACACGUACUACCAGGUGCUGAUUGAUGCCCGGGACUGCCCACACAUAUCUCAGAGAUCUCAGACAGAAGCUGUGACGUUCUUGGCCAACCAUGAUGACAGUCGAGCCCUCUAUGCCAUACCAGGAUUGGACUACGUCAGCCAUGAAGACAUCCUCCCCUACACAUCCACUGACCAGGUCCCCAUCCAGCAUGAGCUGUUUGAAAGGUUUCUCCUCUAUGAGCAGUCCAAAGUUCCACCCUUUGUGGCCCGGGAGACCCUUCGUGCUUGGCAGGAGAAGAAUCAUCCCUGGCUGGAGCUGUCAGAUGUCCAUCAGGAAACCACCGAGAACAUCCGUGUCACUGUCAUCCCCUUCUACAUGGGCAUGAGGGAGGCCCAGAAUUCCCAAGUCUACUGGUGGCGCUACUGCAUCCGUUUGGAAAACCUGGACAGUGAUGUUGUACAGCUUCGGGAACGGCACUGGAGGAUAUUCAGCUUGUCAGGCACCUUGGAGACAGUGCAAAGCAGAGGGGUGGUGGGCCGGGAACCUGUCUUAUCCAAAGAACAGGCAGCUUUCCAGUACAGCAGCCAUGUCUCUCUGCAAGCCUCUAGUGGGCACAUGUGGGGCACGUUCCGCUUUGAGAGGCCUGAUGGAUCUCACUUUGAUGUCCGAAUUCCCCCCUUCUCCCUGGAGAGCAAUAAGGAUGAGGAAACACCCCCUUCUGGCCUUCACUGGUGGUGCAGCUCAGGAUCCACAUCCAGCCUUGGCCUGCCUGAAGAGUGA